UGGGAAGAAGAAGUAAUCUGAAACACAGUCACAGAGAGAAAAUUAGGACGGUGGCACUAUGUACCAAAGAGCCGGGCCACCCAGGGCACUCUCCUUUGGUUGGUUCAGUGCGUCUGCGGCGGCGACCAGCUGAGGAACGUGCAGGGUCAGGCUUCUGGGUCAGGAGACCUUGUCGUGCGGUUUUUGCUUGUUAUUUGUUAUUUCUUUUUCGGGAGUAGCAGGUGUGAUAUCCUUUUCGUUUUCCCUAAUGAAAGUGGAUACUUAGCUGACUGAAAAGAGACAGAAAAUACCAUCUCUCUCCCUUUUUCUUUUGCCACCAUUAUCCGCCGUUCUUUCUGCCGAAGACAUGACGAGGCGCGAAAAGUCUUUCGUGGCCGUUGCGAUAUUCGUAUUCGUGUCUGGCGCUCUCGGGGACGAGCCUGGGUGCCCAAAGAAGACCACCUGCGCCAUGACCAACGUACUCGUGGACAUGAACAAAUUGCUGCGUAUUCUGACCAGCGAGAUUCAAGACCUACGGAUCCAGGUGCUUCAGAGCUGUCAGGCUAAGGAGAAACCUACUUGGGACUACAUCGAAGAGGAGCCCAUUUCCGAGGACAUGGCGGACGAAAUGCUUGAGAAGGUCAAUAAUACACUCAGCACAGAGGUGGAUACAGAUUACCAAGACACUGACAAUGGCACAGAAAUAGAUGACUACGAAGAGGAGGAGGAUGAGGGAGAAGAAGACGAGGAUGAAGAGGACACAGGGGAGGGCCUCUUCGGGAAUGGGACAUACGUGACCUCUAUCAUCGAUUCCUUCACUCUGUUUGAGCCUCUGCCACAUAAUGAGACAGUCCCUGAAUCUAACUCUCCAAAUACAACAACCGCUGAGCCAACGACUACCACAACCACUAGUGCCCCUCCUCCUAUUACAACGUCUACUUCUACAACCACUACUAGAGCUACUACAACUACCCUGCCUCCCACAACUACAAAAGAACCAGAUCUCUCUAUCCCCCCUGUUCCGACGACAUGCCCACCCUCCUUCACACUCAUAGCCAAAGGAUGCUACAUGAUCGUUUCUGACGCAAGCCACUGGAGCUCAUGGGGAAGAGCGCAUGCUUUUUGCCAACAGUACAACGGAGGGCUGGCGCAGCCUUAUAGAUUUGGGGCACUACAGAAGUACCUGUCGCGCCACUACUCCGACACAUUCUGGGUGGGAGCACACAGGCCGGGAAUGAAGUUUCUCUGGCUUAACAACAGGAAAGUUGGACGGAAGGUGUGGAAGCAAGGGCAACCCUCAAAGCAUCCAAAAAAGAACUGUGUUUAUUUGGACAGAUGGUCAGGCUAUCAAGCAAGCAGUCAUUUCUGUGGUGAAAAAUACCCCUUUAUUUGUGAGGCCACUGAGGUACAACUAUGAAGAAAGAAAGGUUAACCAUCUGCAAGUAAGAAUAAAAGUCAGUCAGUGCACUUCAAAGCUUCUAAUACAGACUUUUUUUUGUUAGCAAAUAAAAAAUAAAGCCUACUUCUUUAGGUCAAUUCACAAAGGGUCUUACAACAGGACCAUGAACAAUCUUUGAGGAACAGAUGGUGCUCACUGACUUGUGUCUUUCUUCACUACCAUAAAUAUUUUAUAUUUUCUUCUGAUUUGCCUCAGAAUUCCCUACAGUAUUAAAGUAGUUUACCAGUAAUGAUAUUCAUAAUAUAUUAAGUCACAAUUUAUAAAUUAAGCUUACGUUUUCUUAAUCUCUUCCUUGGUAUUCUAUAUUUGGGUCAGUAAUAAAUUAGCUAUUGAUUGUUUUUAUUCAAGCUUAAAUUCUAACAAAAGUAUAUUUCAUUUCCUUUAUAUUCUAUUAAAUAUUAAAGGUAAAGAAAAAAAAAUGAUUAGCUUUCCUCUUUUUAUUUAUAAUCCUUCACUUUUCAUGUAGGUAUCUGAAAUAAUUUUCCCAACUCUCUUAUAAAACAGGGAAAGUACAGAUACACAAAACGGCAUCAAUAGCCAGACCAAUUACUGUAAGAUCACAACGAAGUCUAAACUGUAUAUGUGAACACAGCACAUAUUUUGAUACAUAAAAAAGGACAUUUCUCUGACUUACACAUUGUAAAAUUUCUUCCAUGCCUCAUCAUUUACGGUAAGAGGACCUAACUCCACUUCUACUGGUUAUGACACCCUAAUGCUUAUUCAAUCGGUUCAUUCAGUCUUUUUGCCUUGAAGUCUUCGUACUCAUAGAAACCUGCCCUGACUUGACGGCCGCCAAAAAAUCUUCCGUUCAGGUCAAUUACAGCUGUGAAAAUUAAUUUGUACAGACAUCAGUACAACAUUGAAGAAAAUUAUAUCUUCAUCUUGAUGACCCUUGUGAGAGA